GAGGACACGGGAGCCCCUCAUUCACCCAGGCUGCAGCCACAGAAGCGGGCGAAGCCCAGAGCCCUGGCAACUGCACGGAGGGAGCCGGCGGGCAGGGGCAGGAGAGCGGUCCCCGGACACCGGGGUGUCAGGCUGAGGGAGGGACCCUGGGCACGAGGAGAAGCCAGGCGAGCACUGCGCGCAGGACACUUCCCGGGCACUCGGACCAUGCACCUUGACUCGGCUCGGGGGCCGGGGGAAGGUAGCGCCUCUCACCGCUCGUCCGGAGCAUCGUGCGCGCCCUGCCCCUCCGACUGAGCAACUAGCCCCUCACCUGACUGGCUGCUGCAAAGGGCCUUUUCUCAGUGCCAGGGGGGCGGUCUCCCCCCCGCGUGUCUCACUACUGAUUUUCCAUUUAUAAACCGACGGAGAAAAAAACAGCUACUUACAAUUUUGAGUCUCAGGGUUGCAUUUGUUCAUGCUUGCUGUGAGGGAUGUUGUUUUAGGAUUAGCACGCAGGAUGAAAGUAAAAGGAAGAGGCAAACCCUGCUUGCUGGAGUUUCUCUUCAGUUUCUGCCUGGCUACUAUUCCCAGCAGUAGUGCCUGCCCCAGGCUCUGUGCCUGCUACGUUCCCACUGAAGUACACUGUACAUUCCGGUACCUCACAGCCAUCCCACCGCACAUCCCCCAAAACGUGGAGCGCAUCAAUUUAGGUUACAACAGCUUGGUUAAACUGACCGAAACAGAUUUUUCGGGCCUGGAGAAGCUGGAGUUGUUGAUGUUGCACAGCAAUGAGAUCCAGACAAUCCCUGACAAGACAUUCACUGAUUUAAAUGCAUUACAGGUCUUAAAAAUGAGCUAUAAUAAAGUCAGAAUACUUCAGAAGGAUACUUUUCAUGGUCUCAAGAGCUUGGUACGGUUGCAUAUGGACCACAAUCAAAUUGAAUUUAUACACCCAGAAGUUUUCUAUGGGCUUACAUCACUGAGGCUGGUGCACUUGGAAGGAAAUUUACUUAAACAGCUUCAUCCAGACGCUUUUGUCACCUUGCGCUACAUCCAGAUAUUUAAAACAUCCUCCAUAAAGCAUAUAUACUUGUCUGACAACUUCUUAACUUCAUUACCACAAGAGAUGUUUUCCUAUAUGCCUGAACUAGAGAGCAUAUAUCUUCAUGGAAACCCUUGGUCCUGUGAUUGUGAUCUACAAUGGUUUGUAGACUGGGCAGAACAAUGGCCAGAUACUAUAAAGUGCAAGAAAGACAGAGGUUCUUCUAGUGUCCAGCAAUGUCCAGUUUGUGCCAAUCCCAGAAAUUCUAAAGGCAAACAUUUAGUUAACAUCCCAUCUGCAUCUUUAACCUGUAGUAAGCCAACAAUAGACCCCUCCCUGAAAUUUAAAAACAUCACUAUGCCAGAUGAAGGGGACUUCAUUUCCAUCUCUCCCAAAGAGUUUAUAGCUCCCAUUGGAACCAUGAUGUUGAAUAUGACAGACCAAACAGGAAAUCAAGCUAACUUGGUUUGCAAUGUUCAAAAACCCACAACAAUGUCCCCACUCUCAUUUGACAAAGAUGGUGAUAAUACACUACUCAAAGUAUCAUUUUCAACAUUUCUGGUGUGUAGUAUUGAUUACGAACACAUUCAACAGCUGUGGAGCAUAUUGGCUCUAUACAGUGAUUCUCCGCUGAAACUCGAAAGGAAUCUCUUACUGACCAAAGUGCCUUACAUCAGUUACAAAUACAAACAGACGUACUCUGAAAGUGAAGAAGUUUUUACCAAUAUAGAGAGUGAACUGACAGCUGAACCUUCUUGGCUGCUCCAAGGCCAGGUGGCAUUACAAUUAGACAGGACAGCAACCACACUCAGCACACUACAUAUUCGAUAUGUAACUGAUGCUCAAAUUAUCUUGCCCAAUGCUGAUGAAAAACAGUUGAGACACAGCUGGGCCAUAAUUUCAAGAGAUAAUAAAACAAGAGUGGAACACUCUGUUUUAGUGGGGGGGACUGUGGAACUGGACUGCCAGGCAUUUGGCGAGCCUACUCCUGCCAUUGAAUGGAUACUAGCCGAUGGGAGCAAAGUUAGAGCGCCAUAUGUUAGUGAAGAUGGAAGAAUCAUAAUAGCUAAAAGUGGAAAAUUCACACUACGGACAGCUGAUAGUUUUGACACUGGAGUUUAUCACUGCAUAGGCACAAAUUAUAAUGAUGCAGAUGUCCUAACAUUUAGGAUCACAGUGAUUGAUACUUACGUGGAACACAACAACAUUAAUGGGGCUCAGCUUUCAGCAUUCAUUGGUGACACACUCUACCUUCCAUGUCAGUCUGUUGGUGUCCCAGAUGCAUCUAUUAGUUGGAUCCUACCUGAGCACACAGUUCUUCAUCAGUCUGUAAGAAGCAAACAUAUUUUCCACAAUGGUACACUAAAAAUACAAGAGAUGACAGAACAAGAUAGUGGCUAUUUUAGAUGUGUAGCAGCUAAUCAAUAUGGCAUGGACUUUUUGAUUUUCCAAGUGCUGGUUAAAGUGAAUGAGGGCGCUUCACAAAAACAAAAGACAGCUCCAGAAGAAAAAGAAGAGAGAGAUGGAUCUGGUCAUGAGGAGCUUAGAGCUGUUACAAAACAUAAGUAUCCAUUAGCUACUGUGCAAACUUCAGUAACAAGUAAAGCAUCCACUGACUCUGCAUCUAGAAAUCAACCCACCGGGAUUGCAAAUAAACGGAAUAACUAUAGAGAGAUGACUUACAGACGUAACGGGGACAAAAUAAACAGACGAUUUAGGGGACACAGAAGACAAUUCACUUCCUCAGCUAGGAGAGUUGACCCACAGCACUGGGCAGCAUUUUUGGAAAAAACAAAGAAGAAUUCCACUUUGCCAGAAAAACAAGAAAAUGCCACAACAAAAUCACCUGCACCAGACCAUCUAUCCUCUAAGGUGUCUGGGGAUAAGGAAGAAACAUCUGGUGACCAUAUACCUCCAGAAGAGGAAUUUAUUAUACUAGCAUCUGAAGCACCUACUAUACCUACUCCAAAAAAAGUUUCAGCAAAUAUUGUAACUGGAGAACCUGAAACUACAUCAAGUAAUACCAAGUCUAAAACAACUUCUGUCAUGGUUACAGAGGCAGUCGCUCCAACAGUUAGUCCAUGGAUUACACAGUCAAUAAGACCCAAGAGCAAAAAGCCAAAUGCAGAUCUAAAACCUACAGUCACAAGACCAAACUCACUGGAAACUUCUGAAUUAAAUCAAACAUCAUUAACCAUUAUACAGCCAUUAACAACAUCUAGUUUAGUGAAUAGUACAGCUAAAGACUUCAAUGCUGAACACAGAUUGGUGUCUUUUGGGGAAAGUAAUGAGUAUUUAAAAAUCAUAUCUACAACACAAACAGCAGAUGUUACUGAAAUCACCAGCCUUGUCACUUCUCAGAACACAGUUGAAAAACCUGAUUUAUUUACUGAGUCUAUUGAUAAGACUUCAACUAAAGCAGAUCAUCGAAUAUCUGUAGUGACAGUCAGCGAGGCAAACAAUGAAUUUGGUCACAUUUAUUUUCACAGUACUCAAAAAAUAAUAACUCCUAAACUACCACUGGGGUCAACUAUUAUUACUCAUCAGCAGAUUCAGAUAAUUAGAGAUGUUACAACUAAUACACCACAGUCAAGACAACGAUAUGGAAGACGAAGGAAAAUUUCUGGUAGAAGACGAAUUGUUAGACCAGAUCGAAUUCCAGCUAUCAGGGGACAUAGAUAUAAUUUUGUGAGACAAGAAUCCAGUAGAGAAAGUACAACUCUGCCUCCAGCUAUGGAACAGGACACAAAAUGUCUAUUGUGUUCACAUCCCGCAACUCCUUCUAGAAGUUCUCUUGAACUGCUUAGCCCAGAAACACAUAUGCUCCCACCUUUGAAAGUGGAUAUACCAGAACUCACAUCAGAGCAGCCUACAAGUCAAACCACAGCAUUCCUGGCUGAAGAGAAAAACAGACCCACUGCAGAAGGAGAAAAAACAUCUCCCACUGUAAUGCCUUUCUAUAGUGAAAGUACACAGGGUACCCUGCAAAGGAAACUAGAGGCCAGUGCACCAUUGCAAACAUACACUGUCAGACUCCCUACAACUGCAAGACAGACCGCUAGUGUAUCUAUGGAAACUACAACUUCUGCAGACAGCAAGACAUCCUCAAAUGUUAAAUCCAUCCUCCCAACCACUAAAACUAGAACUUCGUCCAAAGUUUUAAGAGGAAAAAUUCCUUGGCAACAUCUCUUUGGAAAGGCACACAUUCAAAAGGAGCUAUUGAAGAAGCUACCCAGACGACGUACAAGUACAGUGCCAUCAUCCGCAAUAACCACAAUGCUUCCUAAAACUACUGCAACACUAUCCAUAGACAGAGCUUCUCCUUUACAUUUAACAACUAUUUCAGUGGAAGUGAAUCAAACUGAUGAUCUCUUAUCCCUAACUAAACCUAUCAGUCAUGACAAUAGUAUGUCAGAGAAACAUUCUCCCAUUCCAUCUCUUACUACUGCAGAACUGCCAUCUUCAGCCUAUUUUUCUAAUCUUCCAACUGUUAUAAACAAAGAAAUGAAUGCAACAAGACCAAUGCCAACAUUUAGAUCUACUACUGUUCCCCACACUGAAACUAAAAUCACUAAAAUCAAAGCAUUCAGAGCUGGAAGGAGGAGAGAUCAAAGGAGGAAAAAGCUCCAGAAGAUCAUGACUUCACAAAGCAUUACUACAAACCAUAGCUCCACCACCGCUUCAUCAAUGAACACAACCUUGUAUAUCCUGACAACAGCUAAGUCUUUAACUAAGCCCACCAUCCCCAUGCCCAUUGAAUUUCUUUAUAAGAACACAAGUGUAAUCCCAAUUACAACUGUGCCUCAGCCACAGAUUCUUAGCACAAAAGCUUUAACUAGAGGUUCACCUGCAACAACUACACAAACAUUAACGAGAAUUACAACAGCUGAGAACACUCAACCUGUUCAACUACCAUUUGAUGUUCUCUUUACUGAAAAACCUGCCAUUACAAUCCCAGCCACAUCACCUUCUUUGAAGUCUUUCAACACUACCACAUUAUUACCUGCCACAUCCUUUGUAACAUCUGAAUCAGCACCUAUUCAACAAAACAAAACUAUUGUAAUGAUAAGUAAAAGACCACAUCAAAAAAUGGGACAGACAGUUAUUCAGCAGAAACAUAUAGCAAAGGCAACAUUUCCUGACAAAGAUGAGCUUAGUACCAAAUCUCCUGCUGUAACUACCCAUGUGAUCAACCCCAGCAUACAGCAUCCUACCCCAUUGGCAUCCCAAAUAACAGAGACACCACACACAAGUAUCUUGCAAAUCACCUUAUCUCCCCGGUGGAAAAACAAGUUUUGGCAUAAACAGUCUCCUGAAGUUUCGGAAAUAGGCAAAACAUUAACAGUUAAUACUCUGACUAUGUUAAAAUCCCCACAGAGCUCCACUCCAUAUACUCCUGCACGGAGAAGGGACAAGGACAAUUCUGUCAAAAGCUGGUCUGACAAGACAGCAGAUAAAGAAACCAACAACAACCUCGUAGCCCUAGACUCCUUAUAUAAAAAUAGAUUGGCAAAGCCUAGAAUAGUCGGAGGAAAACUGGCUGCUUUUACCGUUUUGGCUAAUUCAGAUGCCUUCAUCCCUUGUGAAGCGACUGGUAAUCCCCUUCCCACAAUUCACUGGACUAAAGUGUCAUCAGGGACUGAUGUAUCAAAAAGCAAGCGUGACAACAGGUUUGAAGUAUUUGCUAAUGGCACCCUCUCCAUCCAGAAUGUGAACAUUCAGGACCGUGGACAGUACCUGUGUAUUGCUGCCAACCAGCAUGGCUCAGAUCAGCUCCUGGUCACUUUGUCUGUGGUGGCAUAUCCACCGAGGAUCCUAGAGGGCAGGUCAAAAGUGAUCACUGUCCAUUCUGGAAAGCCUGCAUCUGUGAAGUGUAGAGCUGAAGGUAGGCCCAUCCCUACCAUUUCAUGGAUUCUAGCAAACAAAACGUUUGUCUCAGAAUCUUUUCCAGGAAGCAAGCAAGCAUCUGUGCAACCAGAUGGCACUUUAAUAAUCAAGGAAGUCACUGUUUAUGACAGAGGGCUUUACACAUGUAUGGCUAGUAAUCCAGCUGGUGCCGAUACGCUGACAGUAAAACUACAGGUGAUUGUGGCACCUCCCGUUAUUUUGGAAGAGAAGAGACAACACAUUGCAGGAAUUAUGGGUGAAAGUUUGAAACUCCCCUGCACUGCAAAAGGAAACCCUCAUCCGAGUGUUCACUGGGUCCUCUUUGAUGGAACAGUAGUGAAGCUUCUGCAUUUUGUAAAUGCCAAACUGUUCCUGUUCUCCAAUGGAACCCUCUACAUAAGAAACAUAGCUCCUUCUGACAGUGGGAAUUAUGAAUGCAUAGCUACAAGUUCCACUGGGUCAGAGAGGAGGGUGGUAAAUCUCACGGUGGAGCAGAGAGAUACAAUUCCCAGAAUAGCAACUGCAUCUCUGAAAAUGACUCAGUUGAAUUUUGGGGACAGAUUGCUUCUGAACUGUUCAGCUACUGGGGAGCCAAAGCCCAGAAUAAUCUGGAGGUUACCUUCCAAGGCAGUUGUUGACCAAUGGCACAGAAUGGGAAGUCGAAUUCAUGUUUAUCCUAAUGGAUCCUUGUUUAUCGAAGCAGUCACAGAAAAGGAUGCAGGUGACUAUUUAUGUGUAGCAAGAAACAGAAUUGGAGAUGACCUGAUACUAAUGAAAGUCAGUGUGACUAUGAAACCAGCAAAGAUUGACCAAAAACAGUAUUUUAAAAAACAGGUACCAUAUGGGAAGGACUUCAAAGUGGACUGUAAAGCCUCUGGGUCACCUGAGCCAGAGAUCUCCUGGAGUUUGCCAGAUGGCACAAUGAUUAAUAAUGUAAUGCAAGCAGAUGACAGUGGACGCAGGUCUCGGAGAUACAUUCUUUUUGACAAUGGAACUCUGUAUUUCAACAAGGUUGGAAUAGCUGAAGAGGGAGACUAUACCUGUUAUGCCCAAAAUACACUAGGAAAAGAUGAAAUGAAGGUACACAUUACAGUUGUAACAGCUUCACCUCGUAUAAAGCAGAAUUACAAGACAUAUGCUAAAGUAAAAGCUGGGGAUAAUGCAGUAUUUGACUGCGAGGUUGUUGGAGAACCCAAGCCAAAAAUAUUUUGGUUGCUACCUUCCAGUGACAUGAUCUCAGCUUCAACAAACAGAUAUUUACUGCAUGUUAAUGGCUCACUGUCAGUCAGCAAAGUGAAACUGUUGGAUGCUGGGGAGUAUGUAUGUGUUGCCCGUAAUCCCGGUGGAGAUGACACAAAACUUUAUAAACUGGAUGUUGUUUCUAAACCACCCCUGAUAAAUGGUUUAUAUACAAACAAAACUGUCAUUAAAGCAACAGCAAUAAGGCACUCAAAGAAGCAAAUAGAUUGUAUGUCAGAAGGGACACCUUCCCCUCAAAUUAUGUGGAUAAUGCCUGACAAUAUUUUCCUAACAGCUCCGUACUAUGGGAGCAGAAUAACAGUACACAAAAAUGGGACACUUGAAAUUAGGAAUGUAAGGCCUUCAGACACAGCAGAUUUUAUAUGCGUGGUACGUAAUGAUGGAGGAGAAAGCAUAUUGGUAGUACAGUUGGAGGUAUUAGAAAUGCUAAGACGACCAAUGUUUAGAAAUCCAUUCAAUGAAAAAAUAAUAGCAAAACCAGGAAAAACUAUCAUAUUAAAUUGUUCAGUGGAUGGAAACCCUCCACCUGAAAUCAUCUGGAUAUUACCCAAUGGCACACGAUUUUCCAGUGGAGCCAGAAUUUCCCGGUAUCAUAUGGGCAGUAAUGGUACCCUCAUCAUAUAUAAUCCUUUCAGAGAUGAUGCAGGAAAGUAUCGCUGUGCAGCUAGAAAUAAAGUGGGCUACAUUGAAAAGCUGAUCAUCUUGGAAGUUGGUCAGAAGCCCACUAUUCUUACUCGUUCAAGAGGACCAAUAAAGAGCAUCAGUGGGGAAUCAUUAUCCCUUCACUGUCUCUCUGAUGGAAGCCCCAAACCAAACAUUAUAUGGACAGUACCAAGUGGCUAUGUGCUAGAUCGGCCUCAAAUCACUGGGAAAUACAUAUUACUUGAAAAUGGUACUUUAGUUAUUCGAGAAGCAACCAUUUAUGACAGAGGAAACUACCUGUGUAAGGCUCGGAACAAUGCUGGAGAGUCAUCUAUAACUGUUCCUGUAAUGACUGUAGCCUACCCCGCACGGAUUACAAACAGACCACCACAGAGUAUACGCACUAUGGCUGGGGCAGCAGUUCAGCUCAACUGUAUGGCAUUGGGGAUACCAAAACCAGAAAUCACAUGGGAGCUGCCAGACCACUCUGUGCUUUCUCCAGCUAGUAAAGGCAGACCAUCUGGAAGCGAUCAUCUUCACCCCCAAGGGACGUUAAUCAUUCAGAAUCCAAAAUCUUCAGAUUCUGGCAUGUACAAGUGCACAGCUAAGAAUCAAUUUGGCAGUGAUUUCACAAUAACAUAUAUUCAAGUUGUUUGAAAUGAGAAAUACAGGCUGAGUAAUUGUUAACAAAGUCUCCAUCUGGACUGAGUUUAUUUGUGGAAGUUUAAUCAAAGGCAGCCAUGAAGCAUGUAGGUGAAUCCAAAUACAUUUACAAUAAUCAAUGUACAAUGAACAUGCAAAAGAGAAAGACUUGGGGGGGGGGGGAAUUUGCAUUAUGAACUAGCAUGGAUUUACUCAAUGACAAAUAGCCUUCAAUUAAAAACAUAAGGCACUUUUAUUUUGCCAACAAAUAGUAAAAUUGCUUUCCAGAAAUGUACCUGAAAAAUCUUCAGUAAAGGAUGGCCUUUUUUUA